CAUCCUUGUGCGAACCGUCAAUCUGUCAUAUAUCGCAAAGAUGACAGCCCCUCGUGCGCUCCAGCUCGGACUUCGCCGCACUGGCUUGGGUGUCAAGUCGACUUUCAAUGGAUUCAAAUCGCGAAUUGCUCAGCGGAGGGUCGCCAGUACACAGACUACCUCUGAGUCCGCCGCUGCCGAUAAUAUUCUCGUAAAACAGCGUCUUGCACGUCCUGUGUCUCCGCACCUAGGCAUCUACCAAGCGAACAUCGCUAUGUACGGCUCGGCCUUCAAUCGCAUCACAGGGUCUAUCUUAUCCGGCGCGUUUUAUAUCUUCGGCUUUGCAUACCUCGCUGCACCCACUAUCGGCUGGCAUAUAGAAACUCCUAGCAUGGUAGCUGCGGUUGGCAGCUGGCCGAUUUGGGCUAAAAUUGCGACCAAGUUUAGUGUCGCAUUCCCUUUCCUGUUUCACUCCCUGAACGGUGUGAGGCAUUUGGUCUGGGAUACUGGUCGAGGAUUUGCGACCAAGACAACCGCAAGGAGUGGUUGGGUUGUCGUUGCGGCAUCAGUCGUGGGUAGCGCUAUCUUGACGUCUGUGUAGAUACAAUAUAAAGCAGCGUAUAUAGCAAUUGAAGCAG